UAGCAGUACAGCAGCAGCACCUAGACACUAUCCUGCAGGCGUGGGCAGGCAGAGCAACCCCGUCCCUCCUCUAUGUGGGAGGCUGUCGCCGCCGCCGCCGCCGCUGCUGGAAGCAGGUGGGAUCAGCUCUGUGUCGCUGCUGCUGCGAGUCCGGGAUCACUUCCUACACACUCCGAUUAGAACGGGGGGGAUCAGUGGGCUGGAGAGCCGGCUAGCCCCGAUGGGAGCGGGCAGCGGUCCGCAGGUCUCCGGGUAUUAGAGGCAGCUCAGCUAUUAUUACUCCCAGCUGCCUGCUGCUGCUGACUGGAGCAAGGAGCCCAAUGAGGAGUUCAGUAGCAGCUGAUGCCGCAUGUAUGAGGUGCUGAGGCUACACACUACUACGGUGACCGGCGCCUGCCCGACACACAAACAUGGGAGAACAACCCAUUUUCACCACCCGAGCGCAUGUCUUCCAAAUAGAUCCCAGUACCAAGAAGAACUGGGUCCCUGCAAGCAAACAAGCGGUAACAGUCUCCUACUUUUAUGAUAGCACAAGGAACAGCUACCGAAUAAUCAGUGUCGAUGGGACCAAGGUAAUAAUAAAUAGCACAAUCUCACCCAAUAUGACAUUUACAAAGACAUCUCAGAAGUUUGGCCAGUGGGCGGACAGUAGAGCAAACACUGUUUUCGGCCUAGGAUUUGGCUCUGAGCAGCAUCUGUCCAAGUUUGCAGACAAGUUCCAGGAAGUUAAAGAAGCUGCAAAAUUAGCCAGAGACCGAUCGCAAGAAAAAAUGGAGACUUCCAGUAACCAUUCCCAAGAAUCUGGGCAUGAAACGCCAUCCUCUACGCGAGCAUCUAGUGUGAAUGGGACGGAUGAUGAAAAGGCCUGUCAUGGUCCACCUGCUGACACUGAGCUGAAGAUUGAGAAUGAGAAGCUAAAGACUGCCCUUGCACAAAGUACUUCCAAUGUGAAGAAAUGGGAAACUGAACUGGAAACUCUGAGAGAGAGUAAUGCCAGACUGUCCAUGGCCCUCCAGGAAUCCAUCGCUAGUGUGGAACAUUGGAAGAAGCAAUUUCUUACUUGUAAAGAUGAGAAUGACCAACUCAGGAACAAGAUUGGAGAGCUUGAAGCACAAUGUGAUGAGAUCGACAAGGAACGAGAGCGGAAUGAAGAGCUCAGCAGGAGAUUACUAGAGCUGGAGGCUGACAUUCAGGAGAAGGAAGCUGAACUCGAAGAUCUCAGGAAACAAAGUGAAGUGAUCCCACAGCUGAUGUUGGAAUGUGAGGCUGUGAAUGAUAAACUCCAGGAUGCUGAGCACAGGAACCAGGAACUGGAAGAUAAAGUGAGAGCACUAAGGAAAGAAGUGGAAGAGAGUAAGCACAGACAGGGCCACUUGAAAUUGGAACUGAAACACUUCCUGAACAUAUUAGACGGGAAGAUUGAUGAUUUGCACGAAUUCCGUCAAGCACUUUCCAAACUAGAAAUCGAUAACUAGAGUGUGGUGGAUUACUUUUCUUUUUUUAUUCAUAUAUACACAAGACCGGUAGAGAGCAACCACUCAAGACGAGGGCUAGAGGACGUCGUGGUUACUAACUUUUAUAUCAUUUGGAUUGCUGGUAUCAGUCAGUUUAGUCCAUUUUGGCAACCAGUAGUGGCCUAAACCUUGAAAGCCAUUUUUUACUGUUUCUACAAAUCCGGAACCAUCCAGGUUACACAAUUCAGCAGAGAGACAUUGUUAAUAAUGAAGUCUACGGUGUGGCACUUAAAGUGACAUAUGAAAUGUGUGGAUGUUUAUAUGUAACAAUCCAUAGUCUUUUGGUAAAGUAACAUAUGGAUAAUAUUAAAAAGGAUUGAGCACAGAGAGUAGAAUCAGUAGAUGGCCGCUUUUCUUGUCCUCCAGUCCUGCUACUCCCAAAUAUGUUGGAUUUGCAAUAAGAACAAGCACACACACACUAUCCGCUUUUACAGUCCAGCCAGCACUGUUCAGUAGUUGCAAUAAAUAUAAGGGAGGGAUGAUGAUAAGGCAAAGUCUGUAAUGUCUCAGUUGUUUGGACUAUAUUUUUGAUGGCCACUGAUAAAGAGAAUGAAACAGAUCAAAUGGGCUAAGGGCAAGAUUACCCAAACCUAUACUUCCGCAGUCCAGCCCCAGGAACUCCCGUAUCCCUAUAGAUAUAACUAAAUAGUUUAAUGAAGUCUAAUAUUGAGGUCCUUUAUUAUGGAUACUACAUAAAAUGUGUUGGAAAGACAGGCAAGCAUGAAGGAAUCACAUUUGUGUGUGCAUGGGGCAGAUAAAAUGCACAGUCUGCCCUUGCACUUAGAUCUUUUGGGUUUACUUUGUUUAAGAAACUUGGUGAAAGUCUUUGGAUGUUUCAGCCCGUGUUCUAGAGGUUUUUUCCCUAGUUGUAUAGGUGGCAUGAUGGGACCACCACAUGAUGCCUUAUACGUUUGGAACGCCAGUCUGAAAAGAAGUAUAUUUUCCUUUUUAUUCUAUAAUGAGGAGUGUUUUGUUUUUGAAUGGUCUCCUUUCAAUUUUUUGUGAAUAAUUUUUGUGAAUAAUGAUGUGUGUAACAAGCCAUGGCUGAGAACGUCUUUACAUGCACAGACCUCAAGAUUUCUAAGUCAAUGUAAACAGGGCUGUUCCUUUAAAAUAUGAAGAUUUGUGCCUCACGGUUCUAUAAUGUAGUUUAUAUUGUAAUGAAAGCAAAAAUAAAAUGUUUGAACAAAAA